AUUUGAGUCGUCAAAGUGUUUAAAAAUGGACACAAAGAAUGUUUUCAUACUUUUAAUAACCCUAACAAUUCUGACCUCAAGCUUUAGUCAACGAGAAUUCAUAGGCUGUAAUUAUUUUCAUACUGGACUGCACUACACCUGUCAACUACGACUUCAUAAUCCAAAUGGAUUAAAUAACUUUGUAAGAAUUGAAGGAAAUCAUAUGUUUGGAAUGAUAAACGAGGAUGUAACUCAAGUUUACAUAUUUUCCGAUUCCAACUCAACGAUUAUUCCAGCAGUGAUUUGUGAUACAUUUAGGAAUGUCGUGAGCUUUAUGAUUCAAUCAUUAGGAGUUCGGGAAGUUGACAGAUUUGCCUUUAGAAAUUGCAGACAGCUUAGAACUCUAGACUUUCAAGAACACAGUUUGCAUGAUGAAAAUUUCAUUGAAGAACGAGCUUUUCAAGAAAACACAGAACUGAUUCACUUGACAUUGCUUGGACUUCAGUUUGCGACACUGCCUGAAGGUCUCUUCGUUUAUCCAAGCAAAUUGGAACUUUUACAUCUGGAAGGCAACAGAUUCUCUAACCUGCCACAAAAUAUUUUUGCACCACUGACAAAUUUGAAAAUCUUAGCGUUUGGCAGUAAUAACUUGAAAGUCAUUAGAACUGAAUUGAUUGAAAUGCUGGUGAAUUUGGAAGUAAUAUAUUUAAACUUGAAUCACAUCCAGGAACUUCCGAUGAAUUUAUUCAGCACAAUGAGGAAUUUAAGGACAAUUUCUUUGGGUCACAACAUGUUGACUGUCAUUCACUCCGAAUCUUUUGGAUUUUUGCCAAACUUAACUGAACUAUUUUUAACCAAUAACCAAAUUAAUGCUUUCGAUGAGAAAUUGCUUUAUGAUACUGAAUUGACGGAUGUCAGGAUGACUGGAAAUAUCUGUGCUAAUGAAGAUUUUAGAGACACAAGUGAAUCGAGAGAUAUUUUGAGAACUGGAUUGCAGAGAUGCUUUGAAAAUUAUAAAUAUUAUUAGUUUUUGAGGAGUGCAGCCAAUGGAAGGUAAUUCAAAAAUUUAAUGCUUCAAAUUCUUUCAAACAACUUUCUAAAAUAUUCAGUAAAGUUUUCAAAAUUGAUCAUUUAUAGACUUAAUAAUAAUAAUGUGUAAAGGACCCAGCCUU